AUGUAUCGGAAGUUGUCUAAGUUAGAACACUCGGAAAUAAAACAACUUCUUACAGAAGCUAAUAUAGAUGUUGCAAAGCAUUACGCAACAAACAAAAAAGCACUCGCUGACUUCAUUAAAGACUAUAAUGGUGCAAUAAGUUAUGAUAGAAUUCAUGAGUUCAUAAAGCCGCAACGCGGCGAGGACGAAGUCCAUGCAAUAGCAUUUCCUUUAAAUGACGUUGCUAUUGACUUAUAUCAUAGACGUUCAGUACCUCAUGAAGUAAGAAGAGAGAUGUUUGACAUAACAAAGCCGCAUGACGGCGCGGGCGUAGCCCAUGCGAACGUUGGUGAAACAAGAAGAAGAGACGACACACUGAAACAACAGAGAAGAGAGAUGUUUAAGAGCGCUAUAGAACAAGUUCGCAAAGCUAACGAUGUCAUUCGUUCCAUUGACGACAAACCAAAAGAAGGUGAGAGAUGGUUAAAGAAAGAUGAAGAGAAUAGGAAGAGAAAUGUGAAGUCAGGCAAUAGACUCAUUGACUUUAACAUCGAAGCUUUAGAUGAACCAAACAGAGACUACUUACACAAACAUUUCGGUAAGGUUUUCAUGAGACUCUUAGAGAAAAUUAAAAUAAACUCACAACAGAGAUGGAUGGUAUGUUAUAAACUUGGUGGAAAGUAUGAAUGUUCUACGUUAAACCUCAAUAAUAUUGGAACAUUACUACAUCAGCUCUUGAAGGAGAACUUUAUAUCAGAGAUAGAAGCAAAUGCCGCAGGUAUUGUUGAAAUGCACUAUGACUUCUUCUUGACAAACAUAAAGAAUCUUACCGAAAUAAAGAUGUAUGAUUUAACAGAAUAUGAAGGC